AUGAGGAAACUGAAGCAUUUUGGCUUACAUGGUAGGAAGAAGAAUUUGGAGCCUCUCGAGGUUGAUCCUCAUGACAAGAUGAGAGCGAGGGAUGUGAACAAAGUUGCGCGAGGUGAACAAGCUCCAAGGCCCGCUCAUGAAUACGGCACCGUUUCUCCACCUCCCUCUUCAACCCACGAUGAUACCAAGAAGAAGAACAAGGAGGAAAAGCCAGGGAUAGCUGAAAACGAUGCGGAAUUAGCAGAGAGUACUGAUUAUAAAACAUGUUACAUAAAAUAUGUGGAGUAUCAGAGAUGUAUUCAACAAAAAGGAGAAAACGCACCAGAGUGCCAGAAACUUGGCACAUAUUUUAGGUCCUUCUGCCCAACUGAAUGGAUUACAGAAUGGGAUAAAGAGAGAGAAGAGGGAAGGUUCCCUGCACAAAGAUAG